AUCGUUGACACCUUCCUCAUCGGCCGCUUCAUCCUCCUGGUCGUGAUGAGCCUGGUCUGCCUUGGGUGCCUGUUCCUGCUCCUCAUUUACCACCUCAUGGAGCCGGUGUACGCCAAACCCCUCCACAGCCGCUAG